UGAGUUAUGAUUUAAAUACUGGGUUAUGCCUUCUCUUUCCUGCCAAUUACCUUUAAAGCCCUUUUCCUAUACACAUGAACACUAAUUAACAGAAAGCCAGCUUCACAGCAGUUGUCUACAGAAAAUGGGGGAGGGGGGAUUAAUCUAAGCAUUUGAUCAAGGUAAAAAAACAGAAAUAAAUAAAUAAAUAAAAAUAACCACAAAUCUCCUAAAAGUUGUAUAUCCCUUACAAUAAUCCAAUAUAUUUUGUAAACAAUUGGCCUAAAUGGAGUAAAUUCAAUAUUUCCCCCAUCUGAAGAGAUCAUGUUUAUUUGGGUAUAUUCUUUAUAAUCUUGUGUUUCUUUUUCGCACAUGCUUUGCAUCUCAUGUGUUAUUGACCAUUCAAAAAAAGAGAAAGAAAAACACUGUGCAUAACAGUCAUCUUCAGCAUGGGCAAUACCAGCGACUGGCAGAGCAGUGAAAGAGUUAAGUAAUCCAUCUCUUUUCAUAACAGCUAACACGUGGAUGAACUCAGUCAAACUGCACUCUGCCUGACUGUUGCACACAUCAAUGCAUUUCUCUGUGCUUUACACUGUACUGUUCCAGCAUCAAGUUAAUCAUCAGGAACAGAAGAUUCUUCUCAUGAUGGAAUAGCCCGAAGAGCUUAUCAGCAGCACAAAAAAACUUCUUCCAAUGACUUAAGCAAAAGACAUUUCUUACAAUGCAAAUCAAUGCUGUACUCUACGUUACACUGAUGAUCCCUACAAGCAUUGGAUCUGUACUUGCAAACAUACUGCUACUACUUAUAUUUGCCUACAACCUGAAACUGCAGACAGAAACAUCAGCAUUGACAUUAAACUUAUGCAUCUGUGAUUUACUCUUGGGGCUCACUGUGAUUCCUUUUGGUGUCCACAACAACCUUUUUGGGAUUACCAACUAUGCCAAGGACAGUUUUGUUUGCCAGUCCACAGCUUUUUUUUAUAUGCUGCUGCAGCUUGCUUCAGUCCAUUCACUCACUUGGUCCACAAUAGACAAGUUCACUGAAAUCUGCUUUCCUUUGCAUUACUUUCAACUCUUCACAAAGAAGCGGACUUGGUCAAUACUUUGCCUUCUGUGGAUUUACUGCUUAAUAAAUGCAUCGUUCCCUUUCCUGGGAUUUGGAUCCUACAAAUAUAACGAAAGGAAGUUUAUUUGCGUUCCAAACUUGCAACAAUCUUCCAAAGGUUACGGUGUAGUACUGAUAGCCAUUGGAGUCCUCACUCCAAUACUGAUAAUGUGCUCUCUGUACAUUUACAUUGUUAAAAUUGCAAGGAACCAAGCAUUGCGUGGGGCAUUUGUGUGCAAUGAUCAGCACUGUUACUAUGUACCUGCAAACAAUUAUUUCAGGAGAACUAUUGUACUGAUUUCAACUGCAAUGUGUCUUCUGUUUUGUUGGAUGCCUUACAUUACUAUUAGUUUCUACGAAAUGUUCACUGGAACCAACAUUGCUCCUCUGACAGACGUGAUCGUCACAUGGCUGGUAUUAUUUACAUCAGCAUUAAACCCAUGGGUCACCAUUAUGUCACAAAAGAAAUAUAGAAAAGCACUACGAGAAAGUUGGAAGAAACUGAAAGUAUUUCAAAACCCCAUCAGGAACACUCUUUCUUCCUCCAAGGAGAUAAACUUCAAUUUAAAGUCUCCAACAUUACUUCCUGGAAGAGUCACACUCACUUCUUCUGAUAUGAAACAUGACUGGCAGAAGAAUAAAAAAGCAAAGGUUACUUCUGCUACUGCAGCAUCCAGGAAGGGGUGAUCUGCAUAUACGGAGCAAAAUGCUGCUACCAGAUGGUGACGGAUACCUGGAAUGCAAGUGAUGAAAAUCUGUUCCAAUAUCUACAUUAGCAUUGCUAAAUAGUCACGAUGUGUGUAUUAAUGUGGAAUUGUCAUUGUGGAAGUAACACUAAAUGACAGCCAACUCAAACUUUCUUACUAAUUCUUAAGUGUGCGUUUACUUUUGUGCACUAUGCUAAAUGAGAAGAGGAGCUUGAUGAAAGUCUAGUCCUACUACCUUUGAAAUUUGAACCUUUUUUGUGGGGAAAGAAUUAAAACCUUGUUUUUAUAACUUGCUAGGUCAUGUUAUUAGUACUCGGUUUCAUUCUUGGUACAUAAAAGACAUUAAAUAACAUAUAUUGUUGUAUAAAUGUUACUCUACACAACAGUUUCAUUAGCUCAACCUAGGUUGUAUAAUAAAGGCCUGCACUUACCUGUAUUUCCCAGCCUUUUCACUUGUUAUUCUGAGACUACACUAGUGCAGCUUUUAGACCAGCAGCCAUAAUGCCCGUGCUAACCUAUGGUGAAGUUUCCAAAACAGAUUGGACGGUGAAAAUAAAACAAAAAAUGAUGUGUACUACUAUUUGAAUCACAGCUGAUGUAACCUCUGCGGUACUGUGUGGUAGACAGAAGCCACAAGUGUUUAAAC